AUGCCGGGUCAGAUAGGGUCGGAGACGAGCGCUUCGGAUGCAACGCGCUUUCAUGCAUCCGAUACUACCAACGCUCAUGACGAAGGGCAGACUUCACCAAGCGACGAUGGAAGCAUAGAAAAGAUGCCAGGUCCGUCGAAGAGGAAACGCCUCUCCGGCCUCUCUCGGCGGACCAGGGCAAAGACAAGAAAUCUUUUCAAAAUGGACGGUGCCGCGGAGGACGACCGGUCUGAGAACGAGGGAGAAGGGCCUCUAGACGAUAUGAAACGCGAUCCUGCUUUCAAUAGCAGCCAAUUAAUCAAGAAAAAGCGAUUUCGCCCGGGGAAGACCGCCGACAAAACGCUCGGGGCAAUUCAGUCGAUCGGCAACGCCGUUGUUCACCCUAUAAAGUCUGCCAAAAGCACGGCUACCAGGACCACUGCUGGUCAACUAUCCAAAGCCGAGCGUCCUUUCCUCUCUCAGAAAGCCGACAUGGAGUUUCUUCAGGCCCACGACAAUCUCAAGCGCGCAGAGUCCACAAGCUCAUCGAAGCAGGGCACGUCUGAUGAGGAGCGAGAGUCCCUGAUUGGUGGUCAUCGAGACAAGAUUCGAGAAAUGGAAGAGCAGCGUGAGGGUCUACGUGCGGCGUGGACGACUAGUCGCCAUGUCAGAAGGGUGAGAGUAGUCCCAAAAAGGCAUAUCAACUUUCCACACAACGAGUAUUUUGUGGAAAGGGACGAGCGUGGAGAAUUCGUACGCUACGACUGGCUGAAAUGGCUAGGAUAUAAUCUCAUCUACUACACCCAAGACUUCAGCGCUCAAUACAUUGACGAUUUUGAAGAGCUUCCCUUUGACAUUGAUAGCUCAAGACAUUAUGUUGAACGAUUGAUAAUGGCCAGUGCACCUUGGCAAUCAUGGGCUAUGAAGUAUUCUUACAUCAUCUACAUUGUGGUCAUGAAUCGUUACUAUCCUACCACGGUCGAGUCUCUUCGAAAAUCUCAGCGAAGAGCUUUCGAUAGCAGCGUCAGCGCCAACAUGUUCAGCGAAUUGAUUGAUAAGCACGGACGUAAUGAUUGGCUCGAUCCAGUCAUGGAUAGCUUGGGACCUUAUGUUCAGCUUCAACUUGGUGUUCUCACCGACAUGGAAUUCUGUAUGCAGAUCGUCUGGUUCAUUGUUGGGGGAGCUUUCUUUCUCUGUUGGCCGGUGUCGUCCCACUACCCGAAGUACCGAUAUCUGGUUUCCCCAUUUAAAUGGGUGCUUUGGGAUAUCCCGACGAACGCAGAAUGGUCAUUCAUCUACUUGAGACGCAAAGCACAGAUCACCCGUGAGCGAAUCAUAGAAAAGAAGGUCGAAGAAGGCCACUUCCGGGAGCUCGCCAGUGCUGCAGUAAACGAGUAUACGGGACGCAUGACAAAUGUGCCUAAAAUUAAGGUAGGGGGCAGUGGUUCGGAAGACGAAAACAGUGACGACGAUGACGAUGAAGGCUGGUAUAGCGCGUGCUCAACGACCAGCGUCUUGGAUGCUUCUGACAUUCGAUCCUUCCGAUGUCAGUCACAUAAAGUCAUUGGGCGACUGAUUAUACAUUCGAAAGGGAUUCGCUUUGUUAGAAGUCUACCGAAGAAGGAGUUGUGGAGACGGGAUUACCUCGACCUGGCGGAGAUGAGAAAGGUGGAAGGGUCAGCGAUGUCAAAGCUGGCUUCAUUAUCGCCCGAUGAACUUGAGAUUAAAUGUAUCGACGGAAGCAAGAUGCACUUUGAGGGAAUGAAGGAAAGAGAUGAGGCAUUCAAUACCGUGAUUGCUUAUUCGGGGAUGCAAUGGCAGAGCCUGCAAAUUCUAAGCAAUACCAAAGCUCAAUCCUGA